CACCCGGAAGUGGAAGUGGAAGGCGGCCAUCUUUUUUUUUCCCGACGCCGCUGAGGAGCCGUUCUGCACGCUGGUCGCCGGUGUCUUUGCGGAUUAAUUGAGAAAUCAUGAGUCUCUUAAACAAGCCCAAGAGUGAAAUGACCCCAGAGGAGCUGCAGAAGCGAGAAGAAGAGGAGUUCAACACCGGACCCCUCUCUGUCCUCACGCAGUCGGUCAAAAACAACACUCAGGUGCUGAUCAACUGUCGCAACAACAAGAAGCUCUUGGGGCGAGUCAAGGCCUUUGACAGGCAUUGCAACAUGGUGUUGGAAAAUGUCAAAGAGAUGUGGACGGAGGUGCCCAAGAGCGGAAAAGGCAAGAAGAAGUCGAAGCCUGUCAACAAGGAUCGCUACAUCUCCAAGAUGUUCCUUCGUGGCGAUUCAGUCAUUGUGGUGCUGAGGAACCCUCUUAUUGCUGGGAAGUAAAGGGCUGUCAGAUUUAGGAAGGCUCCAGAGCUUGGCCAAGAAAAGAUACUACAUUCAGGGUCACCAUAAACAGACUCAUGCAGCAUCAGCAUCUCUUCAUGAGCUGUCUGCAAAUGAUCUCCACAUACAUAGUCCCCUGGUUGAUGAAUUUUAUGUUGCUGUCCUGAAACUCCAUGCUAUAUACUUGUAUAUGGCCUGCUCACCUCUUUUGGGUGGUUUUUUUUUUUGUAAUAAAAUUUUUGUUAAAUUUC